GCAGGGCCUGCAUGUAGAAAGUGAAAGCGUGUGAGCUUUGGCCCACGUUUGGCCUGCUGGAGGUGGGGCAUGGUGGGGCCUCUUCCCCGCUGCACACUGAGCUCUGCACAGCCGGUCUCAGCCCGUCUCACCCGCAGAGGUGGUGACGGAGGAGGGGUCAGACAAAAUCCUUCUGCAGUUUCCAAGGAACCUCCCAGAGAGAGCACAGGAUGUCCACAGGUUGAGAUACCAACAACCCAGGUUUGUGUGAUGAUAAAUGUUCAAGCAUCUGGAGGGAGUGGAACCAAGCCAACACGUUGGAUCCCAUGAAAUUCCUGAGACAACGCUUCAACUAGGACCGAGCAAUGGAAACUGCUAUGAAGCUCUUGAACAUGUUCAGCAGCCAUGAGGGCGCUGGAAAAAUCAAGGACGAAAAAGACAGAGGUUAUAGGCAGAAGUAUAUGGAACAUGUCCAGCACAGGUUCAGACUAAUGAAAGACUUGAAUGCUCGUCUUGGGGAGAAUGUGCUUCUAGACCACAGAUACACAAAGCUGAUCAUCGUAGAGGACUGUCUCCACAAAGAUCUGAGGGAACAAGAUGUCAUGGCCUGGGGAAGUGCCAAGAUUGGGAAAGGGCAAAAAAGAUCCAUAUCCAUGGUGGAUUUCUUCAAGGCUGAUGAAGACGGUCAAACACCACAGAUCGUUCUGCUGGUGGGACCUGCAGCAAUUGGGAAAACGAUGACAGCCAAGAAGAUCAUGCUUGACUGGGCAUCUGAGAGGCUCUAUCAGAAAAAGUUUGAGUACAGUUUCUACAUCAGUUGUUGGACUCUUAAUUUGGGCAGUGAACAGGCAAGCAUUGUUGAUUUGAUACUAAAGAACUGUCCCAGUGAGCGUCCCCCAAUUGAAUAUAUGUUGACACAUCCAGAAAAACUCCUGUUUUUAAUUGAUGGCGUUGAUGAAUUGAGAUUUUUAUUGGAUCAACCAGAAAGUAAUCUCUGCUCUGAUCCUUGGCAGAAGAAGCCAAUAGCAGCCACCUUGAGCAGUUUAUUUAGGAAGAAGGUUCUCCGUGAAUCCUACCUAAUAAUCACAACAAGACCAACUGGUCUGGAGAAACUGUGGCAAUGUUUGGGGCAGGCACGCUACGCUGAAAUACUGGGAUUUGCUGAACCACAGAGGAAAGAAUAUUUCCACAAGUAUUUUAAUGACGCAGAAGAAGCCAACCAAGCUUUUCAUUUGGUGAAAGAUGAAAAAAUGCUCUUUACCAUAUGCUUUGUCCCCCUUGUGUGCUGGAUUGUCUGCACAGUUAUGAAGCAGCAGAUGGAAAGGGAGGAAGAUAUUGCACAAACUGCAAAAACAAUGACUGGGACGUACAUGCUCUACCUUUUCUGUUUAUUAAAGGCUCACAGAAGACAUUCAAGCCCAGCAGUCCAUGCCACCUUGAAGGGACUUUGCUCCUUGGCUACAGAUCAAAUUUGCAGACAGAAUAUCUUGUUUGGGGCUGAAGAAAUGAAGAAGCAUGGCUUAGAGACAUCAGACUCUCUCUUUUUGAGUGAGAAUAUUUUUCAAAAAGGUGCCAACUGUGAAUGUCUUUACAGUUUUGUUCACUUGUCUUUUCAAGAGUUCCUUGCAGCAUUGUUUUAUGUUCUGGAAAAAGAAGAGUUUGCAACCAAAGAAUUUGAAAUUAAAAGGAAGCAUGUAAAAAAAAUGUUAGCGGACUAUGGAAAAACUAGAAACUAUUUAAUGCUAACAGUGCGGUUUCUCUUUGGGCUCUUAAAUGAAGAGAGAAUGAAGGACCUGGAGAAAAAACUUAGUUACAGAUUUUCACCCAAAAUUAAGUCAGACUUACUAGAGUGGAUUAGGACCAAGCCCAGAACAUUGUCUUUGUUCUUGGAGUCUUAUGGGGUACUGGCUUCCGGACCAUAUAGGGCACUGUUGCCCUUAACACAGACCCUUGAGAAAACUUACCAGUUUGAGGAGUUUCACUGUUUGUAUGAAAUUCAGGAAGAAAGUUUUGUGCGAAGUGCACUGAGUCAGGUCACUUACAUCAAUGUAACUCACCGGAUUCUUACCAAAAUAGAUCAGGUUGUGCUUUCAUUCUGCCUAAGACAUGCCCCUAAACUGGAAUCACUUGGUCUGAAAUCUUGCGAAUUCCAAUUUGGAGACCUGUAUGAUUUCCCAAGACAACAAAAGCAAGUACCUCUGGAUCCACGACUUUCUCCUAUCUACCUGCUGUGUCAAGCCCUGAAGGACCCAAGCUGUAACUUAAAGACAUUGAAGUUGUGGUGGUGCAGCCUCACAGGCGCUGGCUAUAAGGACCUGGCAAAUGUGCUCUGCAGCCCUCGCCUAGCAGAGCUGGAGCUGGGUGGUGACAACAGUCUGGAGGACACCAGCGUGCAGCAGCUGUGUAAGGGGCUGAAGCAUCCUAGUUGCAGGCUGCGGAGACUGCGGCUGUGGAGCUGCCGCCUCACAGGUGCCUGCUGUGGUGAUCUGGCAUCUGUGCUCAUUAGCAACAUGCACCUGACAGAGCUGGACUUGCGUGGCAACCUGGGGCUGGGGGACCAUGGCAUGCAGAAGCUGUGUGAUGGUCUGAGACACCCCAGAUGCAUGUUACAGAGACUGCGAUUGAGGUACUGCAGUCUCACUGCUAUGAGCUGUUUGGAGCUUGCCCAGGUUCUUAGCACCAGCCAGGCCCUGCAGGAGCUGGAUCUGGGACGUAACAAGCUGGGACUAAAUGGCAUGAAGCUGCUGUGUAAGGGCCUGAUGCAUGCAAGCUGCAGGCUGAAGACUCUAGUGUUGCGGGAGUGUAGCCUCAGGGCUGACAGCUGCCAUGAGAUGGCCUUGGCCCUUGGCCAUCCUUGUGCCCUGGUGGAACUGGACCUGCAGGACAAUCAGCUGGGCAUGGCUGGUGUGGAGGAGCUGUGCCAGGGACUGAGACAGCCUGGCUGCCAGCUGCAGACUCUGUGGCUGAGCCCACACACUGUGACUGAAGAAAUGUGGCCAGACCUACGUACCAUCAAAGAGGCCAAGCCAGGGCUGGUCAUCAAGUCACACGAGUGAGGCCUGGCUGCCCUGUCCCAGAGACUCAGAGGGGGAUGUGGGGCCUUGCAUCCAAACUGUCCUGCCCUGUUGGGGUCUGAGUGCCUUGUCAUAAAAGAAUUGCUGUAGUAUA